AUGUCUCGCCAGGCUGAAUGGAGUCGACGUCUGCCCAUUUCAAUACCAGCUGGCUGCGUUACAGCCCUUAUAGCCGACUAUUUUGAAACCCUCCCGUGUGAGGUUGAGCUCAUUUGGCUAGACGAAUGGACUGCCCUCAAGGAUCUGCAAGGUCGCGUUUGUUCUUCCCGCUCUAAUCCUAUCCAUUCGUGUUUAUGCCCUGGCAAACCGGAGUCGAAUUCUGGGAAUCUACUUAUUGCUUCUGUGGGCAUCUCGCCUCUUCGCUUGCCAGGGAAGGCUUGCCUUCCAAUCCCCUUAAAAGACCCAGUCGUGUUGACCCUUCCUUUCGUACUGAUUCUGGUUGAGAAAAUGACGAUAUCGGCGGCUAGCCUAGCGUAUAACAUCCUUGCGCCGGGGCGCUAUCACCACCUUCUCAUAAUUACACUAUCAAACCGACUGGUGUUACACGUCCGACAUCAAGCGAAGAAAGGACCAUCGAACCUAGAUGUCAGCAUCAAUGUCGACGGCGGAAAUCUGGAGAUCAUCUAUAAAAGUAGACAAGAAGGUCAAAUAUGCUAG